AUGGAGAAAAUAAUUUUUUCAGGAGGGGAACCAUUUCUACACAAGAGAGGUGAAUUUGUUGGGAAGCUGGUUCAGUUUUGUAAACAGGAGCUGAACUUGCCAAGUGACAGCAUUGUUAGCAAUGGCAGUAUGAGUAAAGAAAGAUGGUUUGAAUGCUUCUGUGAGGAAGUCAAUAAAUCCUAUUAUUAUUAUUUUUUUGAUUGGCCAUGGACAAAGGGGGAAAACCAUGUUGAAAAUCUUCAUAAAUUGAAAGAGUGGCAUGAACGGUAUGGUGUAGCAUUCAAGAUCAACUCCGUGAUUAACAGAUUUAAUAUGGAAGAAAAUAUGAAUGAUCAGAUUAAAGCUCUAAAUCUGGCCCGCUGGAUGGCAUUUCAGUGCCUUCUCAUUGAAGGAGAAAAUACAGGGGAAGAUGCUCUGAGAGAAGCAGGAAGAUUUGUCAUUAGAGAGGAAGAUUUUGAACAACUCCUUCAGUGCCAUAAAGAUAUCUCAUGCUUAGUGCCUCAAUCCAACCAAAAGCUAUGUGGUCCUAUAAUUUUCUUCUCUGUGAUUUUCCCCCAAAUGUGUUUUCUGAACUGUUCAAAUGGGCAGAAAGCUUUCCUGGAUGUGGGUGUAUAAGAUGCUAUAGGAUUCAGUGGAUUUGAUGAAAAGAUGUUUCUCAAGCGAGGAGGGAAAUAUAUCUGGAGCAAAGUAGAUAUGGCACUUGAAUGGUGA